AUGUUACUGGAUGUUCAACUCAUAUCAACAACAGUCCCUCUUUGCAUAGUUGUCUACUACCUACUAUCGCUUAUCUAUCAUAAAUCGCAAGUUCCUAUAUUAGUGUCGACGUUUAUUUUCACAAACAUGUUUUCUCGUACAAGCAUGUUUAGAUCAAUCGUUGAGAAUGCUCAGCAGACAUUGAAGCAACCCGUCCCCAAUAUUCCUAAAUAUGCUGGCUCUAAUUAUCAAAAUUUUAUCAAUUUAAAUGAGGUUCAAAAACGUGAGCUUUUAACAGCAAUUCAAUCUUUGAAAAACUACGAAACCAGUUCCAAAGCUCAAAAUGACCGAAGAAGAAAAUUAUUUCAACUCAUGUCACACAAACAACAGAAGGUGUGUAAAGACAUUGGAUAUUUGAAGAAGUUGAAUCAAAUAGACAAUGCCAUUAGUGCCAAUUAUAAGUUUGUCAAUGAUGUGGCUGACAAUGCUAUUGCCAAGUAUGGCGUUUCAUUAAAGGAUUUUGAUUUAUUAAAUUCCGAUAAGAAAAAUGCAAGCUCAACAUCUGCUUCAAAUUAUCGGGUGAUUGAAGCAUUGGGUCAUUAUACUCGUGAUUGGAAUCCAGAGAAUAUUGGGUUGGAAUUAUUACCCAUAUACGAGUACGUGGCCCUGCAAUUAUCAUCUUUGAUCCCUUAUGAGGCUAAAAAAGAUACUUGUUUGGUUUUCCCUGGGUCCGGAUUAGGUAGGUUAGCUCAUGCAUUUGCUAAAUGGGAUUUUGGUGCUGUUCAUUCAAUUGAAUAUUCCGGGUUGAUGAAUGCCUUUGUUGACUUCAACUAUACCAAAUCAGACAAAAAUUAUACAUUGUAUCCAUACAUUCAUACUUGCUCUGAUUUUUACAGCACAGAAUCUCAAUUAAGAACGUUUGAGUUUAAACCUUUAGGGGAAAUUCCAGAAACCUUACAUUUGCAUAACCAAGAUUUUAGACAUUUCAAGAUUCCCAAGAGAGAUAUGUAUAAAAAUGUUGUGGUAGUAACCGCAUUUUUUAUUGAUACGGCUGAGAAUUUAUUGGAUUAUUUGGAUGUUAUAAAGGAUUUGACACUACCAUCUGGUAACGUGGAACGAGGAUAUUGGAUAAAUGUUGGUCCGUUGAAAUAUGGUACAGCGGCUCAAGUGGAAUUAAAUGCCGAUGAAUUGAAGGAACUUCGUAAGAAUUUAGGAUGGAAAGAUUAUAAUUCAGUGUACACGAUUUACGACAAAUUGUCAUUAGGUGACAAAACUGGACUUGUUGGGUAUUUGACAGAUAAAGAGAGCAUGUGGCAAGGUUAUUAUGGACUUAACAUGUUUGCUAGUGGCAGAGAAGAAAACAAGUUCUAG